AUGGAUGAGCAGAUAUUAAUAUUUGCUCUCAGCUCCGAUAAUCCUAAAAGAAUCCAAGCAGAAAAUUACAUUACAAGUUUAGCAGAAUCUCCUGGAUUUUUAUCUCAAUUAUUUUCAAUCUACGAAAAUUCCUCUGAUAGUAAAAUCAAGCUCUCUGCUCUUUUGAUUGCCAAAAAUUUAUUAAUAAAACAGUGAAAUACCCUCCCCAGACCUUCAAAACCUAGCCCAAUCACAGAUGAAGAAAAAGAACAAAUAAAAAUUUUUUUGCUAACUCCCCCCCCCUCCGUGAGUGAACAAAAAAAUUUUGUUCACUCAUGGAGGAGGGGGGUUAAUUUUUUUUUUUUAAAAAUUUAUAUAUAAAUUUUUUAAAAAAUAUUUUUUUUCGAAAUUUAAAAAAAUCCUAAUUCGCAAAAAUUGGAAAGCAAAUAUUAAUUUAAUUUAUAAAAUUUUAUGUUUUAAAAUGCAAUUUGUUUAAAAUUAAACAAAUUAGCUCUAGAUUUCAUUAUACUAAUUAUCAUUUAUAUAUCAAAAUUUUUUUCCAUAAAAAAUUUUUCUAUUAAAAAAUUUUUGUUCACUCACGGAGGGUGGAUUCUUUUGCAAAAAAUAGCGAUUUUUCUAAUGGUUUUUGUUCACUCACGGAGGGGGUUGGGGGAGUAAAUAAAUAUUUCAAUAAUAUUGAGCCUGAUCCAAAAUUGAGGGAAUUCCUUCGAAUAUGUAUAGCACAUAUCAAUAAAUUUGUGUUUUUACAAGGCUGAAAGGCGUUAAAUGAAAUUUUAAUUGAAAAAUCAAGAUCGUCUGAUGAAGAUUUUUUAAAGCUUAUCAAUUUAAUAUUGAAAUUACAAGACAAAACACAUACAUCCGCUAAAAAUCAGCUAAAAGCGUUAUAUAGCACUUUAUUUAAUAAUUUAAAAAUACAUUGGCAGACACAAAGCUCAAUUUUACUUGACAAAGUUUUACUGAAAAUAAUGAUCCUUACCCCAAAUACUGAGCUUAUAAUUUCAAUGCUCCAAAAAUCAAAAAUUCUUUUAUAUGAGCCAAAUGGAGAAAUCCCUGUAAAAGUUCUAUUAAAAGGUCUUUUGCUUGUCUGUGGGAAUAAUCCUGAAAUUUUUAGUUCUGAUUUAUUGAUUCCUUAUCUUGAUCUUUGCUGCUUUUUAAUAGCAAAUUUAAACCCAACAAACACACAGCAAACUGAUUUACUGAAAAAAGCUUGCUCGUCGAUUAGAUAUUUAAUUGAAAAUAAUUCUUUAUCCAAAGAAAUUCUGAAGGAAAAAUCAGAGUUUUUAUUGAAUUCUAUAGGUUUUCCUUAUAAUUGCCUAUUAUGUAAAUACACUUGCUGAGCCAACGCCAGAUCAUGGGCUAUUCAAAGGAAAAUCUUAUAUAUUCUAGACCAGUCAGCCUGAAAAGAAAAAUGGGAAUUUUGGAUAGGAAACGACCCAAUAGCAUUUUUAGAAAAUUCUGACGAAAACGACGAAGAAUACUUAAUCAAAGUUUUAAGUACUUUACUUGAAACUUAUCCAGAAAUAUUAGGAAAAGCCUUAGAAUUAGUCAGAAAUUUAAUAUUUUUGCCUUUCCCAAAAAAUCACGCAGUCUGCACACUACUUGGCUUAAUCCCAAAAAUGAUGAAUUUAGGAUACAAUUCCCCAAUAACCUUUGAAAACAUUAUAGGAAUUUUCAGUGCAAUUGCGAUAAACGGGUUUGAUAAAUUAAUUAUCCUGAGAGAUAUUUUAUGGCUUUCUCGUAAAUGAAUUAAAUAUAUCAUGGACUAUAACAACUUAUACUUAUUAGUCUCAAAUAUCAGGAAAAGCUGCGAAAAUGACUUAAUCAUAGUAUAUGAAUACUGUUUAACACUAAAAGAAAUGCUUUACAAGAAUAUUUCAAGUGACCUUUCUUUAACAAUUCUUCAGCAAAGCUGUGCAGAUGUGUUUAAUAUCAUUAAAACUAUCACAAUCCCACAAAUAAUAUGGCAUAUGAUAUCUUUUGUUACAGCUUUAGUUGAUAAAUCGACAGGCCAAAAAUCGCCUGAGCUGAUUUCUGCUUUUCAAGUAAGUGGGUUAGCUGAGCUUAUUUAUGAGGAAAAUGAAAUGAUUGUGCUGGCGCUAUCUGAUAUGUUUGAAGGCUUAAUUUAUGCAUAUCCUGAUCAAAAAAUCAUAGUUGAAAUUGUUUCUCAAUUUUUAAAAUAUUCCAAUAAAUAAUUAUUUUUUAUAAUAAAUUGCAUUAAAUUAUACAUUUGGAUAGAUUAGCGGUUGUCUUAUAGUAGAUAGAGGGUCUAAGUCUAAUUGUUUAUAUUCAUUAUAAAUAAGGAUAAUUUUUAAAAUAGAAAAAAUAUUUAAGCAUUUACUUUAAAUAAGUAUAUUAGGCUAUCAAAACCAGAUAAUUCUUCUGCGCUAGCUUUAUGGCAUUUUUUAAUAGCAAAUAUGGAAGGAAAACAGGAGAAUAUUCAAUAUAUUAAAGAAUUAAUGAAAUAUUUAGGGAAUUUUCAUAAUGAGGAGGAUAAAGAAUAUUCACAGAAAAUUGCUCAGGAACAUAUGUUUCUUUAUUGGCAGGCAGGAAAUAUGGAAAAAGAGACAGAUGAGCUCAUUAAAAACUGGUGCCUUCCUUUGUGCAGCUUAACAGGAAACUUAGAAGAAGAUUUGCUUGCUUUUGAUUUUUUGGAAAAAAUAGCCCUGAUCCAUAUUUCUUAUAUAGAAAAUGGACUUUCCUCAUAUAUUUCGUAUCUUCAUAUAGAAAAUUCUGAUACUUUUUCAGCUUUAUGCAUUGAAAAAGCUUUGCUGCUUAUAAAUAAAUGCUGUAUUUCUUCAUUAAACUUUACCCAACAUCUAGACUAUGAUUUUUGGAUAGAAAAAAUGUCAUUAAUUUCAAAUCCAGUUCACAAAAUUAUAAAUUGUGCAGCAUUAUUAACUGUUUUACCAUUUAUUCCUAUAAAUACAAUACAAAAAUAUUCAUCAUUUAUAUACAGUUAUACUAUUCCUUAUAUAGAAAAUUAUUUUUAUUCUGAACAGCCGCUUAUCCAAAAUUCUCGAAAUAAAAAGCCUAGAAGCAGCCAAUUUAUCCAAAGCAAAAGAAUAGACAAUUCUAUAGCCAACGAUCCAUAUCUUAAAAUAAACUUAUUAGAAAUGUUCAAGUUUAUGAUAGAAAGACUGGCUGGCAGAGGGAUCAAUUUUCUUAGCCUUUAUAGCCAAAACGAGCAAGAAGUUUUCAAUAGAAUUCUUAAUGGAGUAAAAAUACAAAGUAAUUAA